AUGGCUAACGUUUAUAGAAGCCUGAACUUAUUGUUUGACCGUCUCAACGAACCUCUGAUAUACCCUAAGGGAGACAAUGAAACAGUGUUCCAAGUUACAGAAGAGUUUUUGGAUGAAGACUAUCAGAACAAUGGCAUUGAGAUCAACAACCGCUAUGGAGAUAAAGCUACUGACGUCAUACCCUUGAAGAACUUGAAAAGACUACCAGAAUUCCCAAAAGCCAGCAAACUACCAAAAGAUGCUGAAUUUUCAUUGUUCCUACCAAGCCAUCAGGAAAUGGCGAAGGAGGUGAUGGAAGUACUACUAGCCGUCCCGGAGAACCAAUUGCAGGACCUUCUGUCGACAUGUGCCUAUUCAAGAAUGCAUUUGAACCCCCAACUCUUCAACUACUGCUUUUCUGUCGCUCUCAUGCAUAGACCAGACACUAAGAACGUCCCGCUUCAAAACCACGUUGAGACUUUCCCCUCAAAAUUCAUGAACUCCCAAGUCUUUGGCCAAGCAAGAGAAGCUGCAGCCUUACAAGCUAAGGGAUCGCCGCGUAUACCAAUCAUCAUUCCAAGAGAUUUCACUGCUACGGAUUUAGAUGUCGAGCAUCGUCUGGCGUACUUCCGUGAAGACAUCGGCGUCAAUCUACACCACUGGCACUGGCAUCUUGUUUAUCCCUUCUCUGCUCCUCGGAGAGAAAUGGUUGCUAAGGAUCGUCGCGGAGAAUUGUUCCUCUACAUGCACCAGCAGAUAAUAGCUCGAUAUAACGGCGAGCGUCUUAACAACAUGCUGUCAAGAGUUAAGAAAUUCAGUAACUGGUCGGAAGCCAUACCCGAAGCUUACUACCCAAAACUUGACAACCUAACAACCUCCCGAGGCUGGCCGCCGCGGCAGGCGGGUAUGAAGUGGCAAGACCUGGAUAGACCGGUGGACAACCUGAAGCUGACCCUUGGAGAUAUGAUGCGUUGGAGACGAAACGUUGAGGACGCUAUCUCCACCGGCUUUGCGGUUCUGCCGGACGGUAGCACUCAGCCUUUGGAUGCGGACACUCUCGGUAACAUGGUGGAGGCGAGCAUUCUGUCUCCCAACCCACAACUAUACGGAGCCCUUCACAACAACGGACACAACUUCACAGCUUACAUUCACGACCCACAACACAGAUACCUGGAAUCCACGAGCGUCAUGGCUGACGAAGCUACCACUAUGAGGGAUCCUUUCUUCUACCGCUGGCACGCCUUCGUCGAUGAUCUCUACCAGAAGUACAAGGAGUCUGAAUCUGUGACUAGAUACACGCGCAGUCAGCUGGAUAACCCAGGUGUACAAAUAACAAACGCUCGUAUAGUCAGCGACUCCGGUCCUGAUAACACACUGAACACUUUCUGGAUGCAGAGCGACGUCGAGCUCUCGAAAGGUCUUGACUUCUCCGAAAGAGGAUCAGUUCUCGCGAGAUUCACUCACCUGAACCAUAGAGAUUUUAGAUACGAAAUCGACGUCAUGAAUUCGGGUGCUGCUCGUCUCACUACCGUGAGAAUCUUCAUGGCUCCCUCAGUCGAUGAAAGAAACUUGCCGUGGAUAUUAAACGACCAAAGGAAAAUGUUCAUAGAAAUGGACAAAUUCGUCACCACCCUGAACGGCGGGGCGAACAAGAUCGUUCGGUCAUCUACGGAGUCGUCGGUAACGAUCCCGUUCGAGCAGACGUUCCGCGACCUGUCCCGCCCCGGAGACCAGACGUCUGGAGAACUUACGUCCACCAGCUUCUGUGGCUGUGGGUGGCCGCAGCACAUGCUGGUGCCCAAAGGGACAGAGGCCGGCGCGCAAUACGACCUCUUUGUCAUGCUCUCCAACUACGAUUUGGAUAGUGUGAACAAUCCUGAUGGGUCGCCGAUGACCUGCAAGGAGGCUUCCAGCUACUGCGGUCUUAAAGACCGACUGUAUCCUGACAGACGCAGCAUGGGCUACCCCUUCGACAGACCUUCCCGCGACGCUGCCAACCUCCAGGACUUCCUGCUACCCAACAUGUUCAAGCAGGACGUAAGAAUCGUAUUACAGAACAGCCCCGUCGAGAUCAAUCCGAGAAACCCAAGAAAUUAA